GGAGUCUCUCUGUGUCUCUGUGUCCGGAGGAGGGGAUCACCGGCAGUGCUGACUAUGGCUUUCUCACUGAACGAAGAGAGUGGCCGAGGACAAGAUUGCUGGGAUAUACCCCGUUCAGAAACCCCAGCCUUGUCUACCUGUAGUAAUGCUGACAUCUUCCGCAGAAUAAACGCUAUGUUAGACAACUCAUUGGAUUUCACCGGAGUGUGCACUACUCCCAUCACCAAGGGUCGUCGGGACAUCAUGGGAGACUUGAACAAAGGAGAUUCUUCAGCGAGCAGUAGAAUGCUAUUUCCCACAUCUGCACAGGAUUCGUCCCGGGGCCUCCCUGAUACCAUGGACCUAUGCUUGGGCCUGCAGUCCCUAAACCUAACUGGGUGGGACCGUCCAUGGAGCACCCACGACUCGGACAAUGCAGUACAGACCAAUUCGCCAUCGGUUUUAGGUUUGCUGGCUAGCCCUCUGGGUGGUCAGCUGGCUAGAUUCCCGUCGCUGGAUCCAGUUGGAUCAGAGUAUGUCGACCAGCUUGCAUCACCUUUCCCCAAGAGAUUUGACAACCGUUCAGUGUUGGAUUCUCGAUCAAGUAGCCCAUCUGACUCUGACACAAGUGGCAUCAGUUCUGGUUCUGAUCACCUUUCAGAACUGAUGUCAAGCCUGCGCAUUUCCCCUCCAAUUUCCUUCUUGCCCAUGGGUGGAGGAGCCAGAGACGCAAUGAAACAGUUUGGUGUAGGCCCUCGACUCGAUCAUGAUCAGGUUUCGAUGGCGGCUGUGAACUAUCCUGGAAGCCCCAGCCCUUUAAAAAGGUGGUCCGGAAGCUCUGGGUGGCCAAAUUGGGAUCUGUUGGACAGUGCAGAAGAUCCCUUCAGUAUCGAAAGGGAGGCUAGACUACAUAGACAAGCGGCAGCAAUGAGUGAAGCAAUGUUUACUUGGAGUGGCCAACUUCCACCCCGGAAUUACAAGAAUCCAAUCUAUUCCUGCAAGGUGUUCCUGGGUGGUGUGCCUUGGGACAUCACUGAAGUUGGAUUGAUCAAUACUUUCAGGGUAUUUGGUGCUCUGAGUGUAGAGUGGCCGGGUAAGGAUGGCAAGCACCCUCGCUGCCCACCCAAAGGUAAUAUGCCGAAAGGUUAUGUCUAUUUGGUUUUUGAGUCUGAGAAGUCGGUCCGUGCACUACUUCAAUCCUGCACACAUGAUCUCAUGAGCACUGAUGGCACAAGCGAGUACUACUUUAAAAUGUCCAGCCGCAGGAUGCGCUGCAAAGAGGUUCAAGUCAUCCCCUGGGUCCUUUCUGAUAGCAACUUUGUCCGCAGCCCGUCUCAACGCCUGGAUCCCAGUAAGACGGUGUUUGUUGGUGCACUCCAUGGAAUGUUGAAUGGGGAAGCUUUGGCAGCUAUUAUGAAUGAUCUGUUUGCAGGAGUGGUAUAUGCUGGUAUUGACACAGACAAGCACAAAUAUCCAAUCGGUUCUGGUCGGGUUACCUUCAACCACCCGCAGAGUUACCUGAAAGCAGUUGGAGCAGCGUUUGUGGAGAUAAAGACUCCCAAGUUUACCAAAAAGGUGCAAAUCGAUCCGUAUCUGGAGGAUUCUGUGUGCCAAGCCUGCAAUGUUCAUCCAGGACCAUUCUUCUGCAGAGACCGAGUCUGCUUCAAGUACUUCUGCCGUUCGUGCUGGCAGUGGCAGCACUCUCUGGAGAUUCUGCGUCACCACCGUCCACUGAUGCGCAAUCAGAAGAGCCGCGAUUCUAGCUAAAUUCGCAGCGAAGAGGGAUUUUUUUUUUCAGUUUCUGAGUGUUGAGCCAGGAUUGGCGCCAGAUUGGGAACAGCGAUUAUGGACUAAAGUUCACUCUUGCACUUGCUACUUGCUGUUUAAUAUUCACAAUUGCACUUAUGCACCGUGAAUUCCAUGGGGUUUUGGGGCCCACAACAGCAGUUCCAGACAGACGUCCUGCACAGAGGUGAGAGCCAGGUCUUGGAAGGUGUUGAAGCCAUGGCUUCACAUUUAGAUUUUUAGGCUUUUUUACAUUCCUUGCAUUUUGACAAUGUUGCAAGUUCAUUACCUUUCCACUAGCGGUUGCCAUACAGUGCCUUUGAUUUUUUUUUCCUCCAUCAGAUACUGGUGUGAAAUGUUUCAGCCGGUUUUUUUACUUAACUCCGAGGCAGACUAGUGCUUUAUUUAGCAAAUCAAAUUCAAUAUUUUACGCUCCGUUUUUACAGAUGCAACUGCCUUUUUAAGGCUUCAUUUUUUUGACCAGUUCUUUUUUUACACUGUUGAAGGUUUUAGUCCAAACACAACUGUGACUCUUUCCUUGGCGGCUUAACAUUUUGGUGUGUCUGCCUGCUAUAACGGACCCUGGGUCAUUGUUGUAAAUCAAGACGUUUGCAACCAUUGGUGUGGAUUUACGGAUAAGAAACUGGACCGAAAUAACGACAUUCGAGCUGCUGUACAUAGUUUUAAGGUGUUCUUUGCACUUUUUAAUUUGCACUAUGGGUAGGAAGUUAGAGGUUUUUAAUCACCAUUUUCACUGAUGAUGGUUUUUUUUUUGUACUUGAGCAGAAGGGGUUUGGCCGGGCCAGGCUGAGUAUCCGGUUAGGUCCCUUUCGGGCAGUUGCUCAUUACUGUUUAAAAGAAUAAGCUAGCACUGAGCAGCUGCUUGGGUCUCCAGUUACUUGAAGAGGUUUUUACUCUUGUGGUUUUUUGAUCUGAAGCUGUGUGCCAAAGAACCAGUGUCCUUAAACUUUUUUUUUGCUGAGCUGUUGCCUUGUCGCUCGCCCAGCUGCUGUUGAGUGUUAGUAAGGUCUCUACCUCACUGUUGUGGUAUGCAGGUAUGACUGCAGUUACCUGAAGUUGUCGAGUAAGCUGUUAAUGUUGGGCACAAAAAUAAACUUGUUGAAGCAGAAA